UGUCAGUCUUGCUCACACCAAAGACCAAACAUUGACAACCAUUCCACACCGACCAGACCGACCGACCCACACUCGAGCCAGACACGCCAGAGAUAACACUACAAUGGACGCCGACUCGGCAUCACAGACGGCUACAGCCUCGGCCACUACGCCAUCACAGCAGCCCCAGAAGGACCGCCACGAACCGCGCGGCCGCAAGCCAAAUGACCAGCUUCCGCCAUCGCGUGCACGCGAGGUGCAGCGCGCGUUCCGCCUGCGCCGUGCAGAGCACCUCGCUGCGCUGGAAGAGCGCAUCAUGAUCCUCGAGGGAGAGAACAACCAGCUGCGUGCGCUGCUUUCCCUGCCCGAGGCAGACCGCGGCAAGAUUGGCUCCGGCCCAACCGGCCGAGGCAAGUCGCUCAAGGACGGCGGUGUACCCAUGAGCGAGCGUGUGCGCGCCCGCAAGGAGGCUAGGGAGCGCGAGCGUCGCGCCCGUGGCCUGCCCGCCCGCAAGCUCGAGGACGUCACCGACUCGGAAGACGACGAUUCGAGCCACUCGCCCAGCGUCAACUCGGCCAACCAGCGCUCAACGAGCGCCAGCGGCGGCGGCGGUGUCGGCGCUUCCCUCGCCCAGGCCGUCGCCAGCGCCGCCGGCAUCGCCGGCACUGCGAGCACAAUCCCGCUCUUCUCGUCGCCUGGAGACCUCCCCGCCCCGUACUCAUUCAACCUCCCCACUCCGUUCCAACUUCCCAUCUCGCCCGAGCCACACUUUGACUACAAUGCGGCCAACUUGGACUUUAAGAACGCGGGUGCCAACUCGUUCCCCAUCUUCAACAUGUUCGACGCGCCUAGCGGCAGCGACGGCAACAGCGCUCAGCAGCCUACGCCCGGUCUCACCCCGGCGGUCAACGAGAAGCCCUCGCCGCUGUCGCCUCCUUCGGCUGCGGCGGCUGCGGCGGCCUCGGCCGCCGCCUCGACAUCGACGUCACAGCCAGAUCUUCUUACGCGCUUAAAAGCUUGUUGCCACCUGUCCGACUCGCACGUUGUCAACGAUCCGGGACUUCUCAUCUUUGCGACGCGCCUCUGCCAGUCGUUUGCGUGCCCCUUCGGCGGCUCGCACCCCAACUCUGCGCCGUCCGACGACCCAGAACAAAUGCUUCUAGAGGACGCGUGGCGCUCGCUCAAGGCGACGCUCGACCCCGGAGGCGAGGCAGACGGCGAGAACCGUAUCAACACGGGUCGCAUGGCUGCCGAGCUCGUCGUGCGCGCGGCCGCAAGCCGCGGACAGGGCAACUGGAUCGUGUGCCGCUACAAGGAUGGCAUGACGAUCAAGCGCGCUCUCGUCCUCGGUCUUGUCCAGGGCUUUGGCGGCAAGAUUGAGUAAUGGACUCGCGAGAGUGUUGUUGUACGACGUUUGUACCUUUUGGGGACUCAUGCAUCGAGUCGAAUCUGGUGGCA